CUAGAACGUCAUAUUCAGAACGCGAUUGAUUGUGUAUAUUUUAUAAUCAAAAUGUAAACUGCAAACACUUCGAUUCAUAUUUUGUUUCUUGGUAGAAAAUCAAAACUCUUCCAAAUCUUAAGAACAAAAGGGAGGUAAGGUAAAACAUGUAGAAUAUACAGUUAGUAUGACUUGGGAACAUCUGGAGCGUGGAAGUUCACCAGUGGACUGGUGUGAAGGAAACUACUUAAUUUCUGCGGAUAUUGCUGAGUUUGUCAAUACAGUCAGCAACAUUCUUUUUCUUGUGGGGCCACCCUUUCUGAUCUACUUGUUCAAAGACUAUGGGAAAUUGAUACAGCCAGCAAUCCAUAUGAUUUGGAUUCUACUAAUAGUGGUUGGUUUAAGUUCCGCCUACUUUCACGCCACCCUGAGUUUGCUAGGUCAGCUGUUGGAUGAACUGACUAUUCUGUGGGUAUUUAUGGCAACAUUGAGUCUUUUUUGUCCUCGUCGACAUUUUCCACGUAUUUUUAAAUAUUCCAGGAAACGGUUUUGCAUCUCGAUGAGUGUUUUCUCUCUUACUGCCACUGCGCUUUCCGUGUGUUAUCCCGCAAUAAAUGCUUUUGCCCUAAUGCUGUUGGCUAUACCUGCGACGUAUUUGCUUUAUAAAGAGCUCCAAAUCGUCCAGGACAAGCGUGUAUAUCGAUUGGGUGUACGCAAUACUACCAUCCUAAUGAUUGCGAUAAUCUGUUGGAUAAACGACCGAAUGUUUUGUGAUGCGUGGAAUCGGCUGAAUUUCCCAUAUCUGCACGGUUUCUGGCAUAUUCUUAUCUUUAUUUCCGCGUAUACGGCAUGUGUUUUGUUUGCCUACUUUUUCGUCAGUGACGAAAGACCAGAGAGUAAACCGCAGUUAAAAUAUUGGCCGCGCAACAAUUUUGAGCUAGGUGUGCCGUAUGUUUCAGUUAAUUGUUAUAGGAAGAUGAAUGAUAAUAUAUAAACGCUCAAGUAGAAUCGACGUGACGGAAUAGUUUGAAAAUUAGAGUAUAAAUUAUGAGUACAAAAGCAGUGUCUGAACGAAGGUAUCUGUGUCAUAAUGCCAAAUAGAAGUGUCCAAAUGUGGAACGUUCUGUGAGUCAUUUUUAAUGUUGGUUCAGAAGAAAGCAAGCACAAACGUUAAGAUAAUUGUACGUUUGUUUGCGAUGUGAUUAAAACAGUGAUUAUCAAAGAUAUUAAUGUACCAUUUAGCUUAGCUAAGUUUUUGGGUAUCGAUCUUUAACUUACAUGCUCUGAGCAAUCCCUAGCAGCAUAGUAGCAGGGUAGGUGCUUUAAAUUGGUAAAUCCAUGGUAAGUUUUGUUAUUAAGAGCCAGUACAGUUGACUUCAAGGAAAGUCCUUUAAAAUAUUUAUAUUACAUUGUGAGUUACUUUAGUGCUAUGAAAGAUUCUAGUGAUUGUUGAA